AUGACCUUCUUAUUUUUUGUCAACAAGAAAGACUAUUAUCAACUGCCAAGAAGAUCGAAAGAAAAUGACGGUGAUCAUGAACUCCAUUUAAAAAUUAUUAAUCACAAAAAUGAAACGGCAGAAGAAGCGUGUCUCAAGAGUAUUUUACUUCAAGAGCAGCAGAUCGAGCAGCAAAGACGGAUCAUCUCAAGUUUAGACCGACAAAUUGCCGGAUUACUGGCGCCAACUUGCCUCGGUCAUUUUGAUCAGGAGAAUAUGAAUAUUCAAAAGAAUCUGGAAUUUAUCGAAAAUCGAGCAAAUCUCCUCAAAUCCCAAAUCAACAAACACACUCCAAUAAACUCAAUGCGUCGAUCAGCAACCCUGAAUUCCAUGAAAUCAACAAGGACAUGUCGCUGGCCUUCAAUGAACAAUCUCCUUCGCCCGAGUUUUUCGGAAAACAACUGCUCGAAAUUCAACGAUUUGAGGGAUUCUGAUUCCGAUACUGGCUUCAGUUCGAUGGACUCUUCUGAUAACGAAUAUUUGCCUGUUCAAAAAGUUCAUAAAGCUGAAACGCUUGUUAAUGGAAUGUCAAAUUCAAACGGAACGGACAUCGUUCUCCCAAUGAUUGGCCAGCACAAGGGGCAAAUGAUAACAACAGGAGUCGUUCGGAAGAAAUCAACGCCGAAGAUGAUUUCUGCUAAACGAUACUUUGAGCUUUAUGGACAGGGAGAUAUCAAGACCCAGAUGUUUCUCAAGACGCUUCAGCAGACUUUGGGAGAUGAUCAUUUCGAAACUUAUGAGCGAUUGCUUCGCGCUCUAAAGGUCUACACGCACGACCGAAAUCUCGACCUCCUGUUUGAAAAAUUAACGACGUUAUUAUGCCACCCGGCUGAGGAGUUUAUUCUCCAUGCAUUACGCGGCUUUUUGCCCACGGCAGACAGACCGAGAUUCGACAAUUUGCUCAGAGAGAAUCGGAGAAAAGAAGACAAUAACCACCAGCCACAGCCGAUUUUGAAGUCGACGAAGCCUAACCAGCAACCGAUUCUUCCUUCAGCCCCACCUGCUAUUCCAAAACUCCUUCGUCGUCCCAAAUCCGGGCCCCUUCCGAAGGUUCAAAGAUUUACCCCUGAGAAAUUCGAGCGACCUCGAAGACCGGACCUUGAUUUUGAAAGGAUGAAUAAUGGUAAUGUCAGAAAACUGGUCAUUAGGAAGACCGAAUCGGAAGGUUUCGGGUUUACGAUCAAGGGCGAAUAUCCAGUCACUAUUUCAGACAUCAAGCCUGGUUCUCCCGCUGAAAAAUCCGGAAUUCAAAUCGGCGACCAGCUCCUCUCCGUCAAUGAAAUUUCAAUCAAAAACUUCAACCGCUCAAAAAUCGUCCAGAUUUUGACCUCCUGCGGCCCAAACCCCGUCUUGGUCAUCAUCGACAAUGUGAAACUCGGCAAGGACGCCACGACUUCUGUUUCCCCAACUCACCCAAACAGCCUUUCCCGAGCGGAUAUUUCGCGAAUGGAGAGAAUCUGCAACGAGUACCGAGGUCACAAGGACUUCAAUAGACUUGGGUUAGAACUCGGCGAAGAAUUUACCUCAUCUGAUUAUGACCGGACCCAGUUUUUCACAUUUUUGGAGAAUUUCUUGUCAGAAGAAGAAGUUUCCCGGGUGCAAGGGCGAUUUGAAAGAGGAGGAAGAACAAGCUCAGCAGGAAGUAACAGGUCUUUCUCAGGGGGAUCAGAUGAAACUUCGAUGAGAAAAGCGCUUCAGCGGAAAAUGAUCAGCUCACAUGAAACUGUCGAUGGAAUCAACUUCCAAGCUCCAAAAGCGCGGCACAUGAGCGCUAGAAAAGGUAGUGGAAGACGAAAAUGCUGGAAAACCGAUUCUUCUCCUUCACUUCCGCCACCGGCUACUCCGAGUAUUCACUCAGAGGAUUCGCUUGAGAACGAAAACGAGCCCACGUCUCCAGGUUUUCAGCAGAAGUUGACUUCUUUUGCUAGACCACCUCCUCCACCAAGUCCAGAGCCACUCCCAGCGGAAACACCAAAUAAAGAUGGUCGAAUCCGAUCGAUGCUCAAGACAAGUAUCAAACCAAUGAUUCAUCAUUCGAAGGCGCAAAAUCUCUCAAUUCUCCUCACUCAUCUCAGAUCCUCACCACAUGAUGUCGCUCGAUGUUUGAUUACCGGAAAUCCGGGAAAAUUAGACGUCUGUCAUCUGAAAACUCUUCUCAAAAACCUCCCAGACGAAAAGGAGUUACAAAAAAUCCUCGAAAAGAUCCAUUCAAGAGCUGAAAUCAACGAAGCUGAUGCCCUAGCCCAUGCAUUGAUGAGUAUUUCUGAUGCUCCAUUGCGACUCAAAUGCAUGAUUUUCAAGAUGGAGUUCGAUGGCCGCGGCGACAUAAUUCUUCCGAUCUUCAAUCUGAUGACAAAAGCGGCUACAUCCUUGAGAAAAAGCGAGAAAUUCGGAGAAAUUUGCAAGUUGAUUUUGACUCAAGAACACCAAAAACAGAAAAAAUCCCGAGCCCUUGAUCGAGUCAAUCAAAAAGCCCCGCCAAAGUCGGAAAACGAAAAUGCUUUCAAACUUCAAUAUUUGAAGACUUUUAUCAAAUCGGAGUCCGGGGAAUCGGCGAAGGGGGCGAUUUUGGAUCUGAUCGAACGAAUAAAGCUUAUUGGCGAGGACUUAUUGGAUUUUGAAGAAGAACUGCAGUUUGUUCCGGAAGCUUCCAAGGUGCAUUUUGGAGCUUUGCGAUAUGAAAUGCAGCGUGUUGAUUCGAAAAAUCCUUUGUCUUACGCCAGAGAAACCUUUGAAAACCCCGAAAAAAGAGAAUAUCUUCAUCAAUCUGACAAGAUCCUCAUCGACUUGGAAAUCGCCAUGGCUCAGGCGAAUCGACAAUUUUUUCAAACCGCGAAGGCUUUCAGCGAAAACCCGACGGUCAUCAAAUCGGAAAACUUUUUCAAAACUUUCGCUGACUUCAUAAAUGAUUUUCGAUCGACGCUCAACGAUGCUCACGGCUCAGACUUGUAG